AUGUCAGAUAUUCCUCCAACCAAUGAAUCUAAUCUGGAUUCUACUUUGAUUAAUCAAAAAAAUAAUGACAAUAAUGACAAUAAAGAGACUGGUAAAGAUAUAAGUUCAACUCAUACCCAUCAUAGAGUCACGUUUGCGGAACAACAACCAAUUUCCACCUCAAGCAGGAAGUCUUCACUUUUAAGAAAACAUUCCCUGAAUAAUACAUCUUCAGACAGUGAUAAACGACCAUCUAUUAUAUCGAGAAAUAGUAAUCCGGACAUUCAUAGAGAUUCUUUACCUCCUCUUAAUCGAGGACCAAGCUACAACGGUAAUUAUACAAGAAGUCAUAGUUCAAGAAAUGUUAAUGCCAACAACACCAUCAAUACUGGUGUUACUUCCGAUAGUAACUCUAAUAACAAUGUGGAUUCGAAUGCCCCUAUUAGCUCACCAACGACACCCGCAAUAAGUUCUCCACCAGCCAACGGUAAGUAUUUUAACUUGGUGUUACCAGCAGGAAAAUCAAGAGAGAAAUCGCCAGGUCGUCAUUCCAAAGAGGGACACACUAGGUCAAGAUCAUUUACUAAACAGCAACAUGGUAUAGGCAGCACAAGUUCUCAACUGAGCUCACAGUAUUUAGCUCAAGAAAAGGCGUAUUUACGUAAAAUGAGAAAUCAAUCAGUUGAUGAUUAUUACUCAAAAGGUAUACCUGGUGCUCAUGAAGUCUCGAAGGCAGAUGAUAACGAUGACGAAGAUGAUGAUGAUGAAGAGCACUCUUCCUUUGACGGUGGUGAUAAUGCUAAUUUGUUAGCAGCUAUAGAUGACGAUAAAUAUCAGAUUGACUAUAGCAUGGCUCUAUCAUUAAUGAAGAAUUCCAAUGUUAAUUUGAGAAAAAUUGCCAAUUUAAACACCGAUGACACUGAUGAUCCAGCAAUUAUUGAAAGAUUGGAAUGGCAAUCAAUGUUAACUUCAGUGUUAACAGGUGAUGUAGUUCGUAGUGAAAAAACGAAAAUCAUCAAUAUUAAUAAUCCCGACAGUACACAAGAAUCUUAUUUGCAUGCCACUUUCAAAGAGAAUUUAUGGUUUGGAAUUAGAGCCAAAAUCUUUAACCGAACUGAAGAUGAACAACGUAAAAUCGUCGCUUAUAGAAGAACUUUGGUAGAUCAGUUGAUUGAUGAUGUGAUGAAAUUUGAAAUUGAUUAUGAAAACUCUACCGACAAUCCAAUUAGAGAUCAAGUCAAGACUAUUUUGGAUAGAUAUGAUCAGGCAUGUAGCUUGUGGAAAACAUUGGAAGAUAUGUAUAGUGAUAAACCAGCAUGCCGAAGUGAAGAGUUCCAGAAUAGAAUUGAUGCCUUGACAGCAUGGUUGACUAUUACUGAUGCCAUAAGCAGAGAAACCAAAUCUUUACGUUUAUGGAUAGGAAAUGAUGAAUUGGACAUUACUAAAUCUCCCGUGGAAGUUUCAUCUUCCAAUGCUGCUACUUCAACUAGUAAGAUUGUGAAAAAAAUAUUUGAUGAAGAUAACAAAUCAUUAGCAGAAAGAUUGAUGAAAGAAAAAGAUGUGCAAACAAUUUUCAGGAAAAGAAUUUUUAAACCAAUAGCCCCAUGGAUGAUUAAAUCUAAAGACACUUAUAUUAGAUUAGGUGUCAUAUUUGAAAAUAUGAAAUUGCCUGAUUAUUUGCAUGAUUUGUUGCAAAUAUGUAUUAUCCCCGUUCGAUUAAUUAAAGAAAUUGUUAUUGUGAGAUUAGGGUACGCUAUGAAGUUACAGAACCCCACAUUAAUGAUGAUUGAUCAAAUGCUUGAUGAUUUUAAGAGUUAUAUAACUGUUGCCUUAGAAGUUAAAAGUGGGAUCCUGGAAUAUAAAGAGCCUGAUGAGGAUAGGAAAUGGUUGAUCAGUGAUUUAUUUGAUAGCGAACUUGAGGAUUUUGAUAACGUUAUAUUACGAUGUGUUCGUUACUUUUUGGUGUUACUUAAUAGAAAAUUAUUAGAUAGUUCGCGUUCGCCAACAACGUUCCGAACAUUUAAAGAACCAGAGGAGUUGGAAGAAGCAUGGAAUUUUUUGAAACCAUUAGGACACUAUGUUGAUGGUGGUAGUGUAGUGGUAGCUGAAGAGAUCACCAUGCUUGCCCUGAGAUUGAUUCACCGAUUGAUGGCAUAUUUUAAUCAUCAGAUUAGAGAGCCUACUUAUAAUGGAGUCCCACAAGACUUGAUCCGUUGGUACAGUUCAACGUCGGAGAAUUUUGGUCAAUUACGACGUAAGUUGGCUCGUUUUAUGGGAGAAAUAUCCCGAGAUUUCAAAAACUCGGUAGUGUUUGAUAUACCGUCUCAAUCAAACUGCACCAAGACAUUGUUAGAGAUUCUCCGUAGUUCCAAUCAUUUUUUGGUCUAUACUGGGACGGUUGAAACUCAGGGGACUUAUUUUUUUGCCAGUCCUGAGCUAUUAGGUAACGAACAAGAGAUUUUGAAAAUUUUAACGGGAUCUUGUGUUGGAUUGGAUCCAAGUACUGAUAAUCUGCAUUUCACUGAUUUGUUGCACUUGAUACGUUCUGGUAGUGAAGAGCAUUUACGGUAUAAUGAUGACGAUCUUGAUUCCUAUGAUGAUUCAAACGGUGCUUAUGCUUAUGUUUUGGCAUUAUGUCCUAUGAAACCAAUUGUAUGGGAUGGUCUUGUCGUUAAUGUUGAUAUUGAUUCGGUUCCAAUUACCGAUAUGAAAAAUGGCGAAUUAUUGUUAGUCUCGAAAUUAUCAUAUUAUGAUCUUCAUAUUGUCCGCAAUAGGUUUUUGGAAGUUGCAAGCGAAGUUUCCCUUGGUAAUGCUGGACUUAAACAAGUAGAAUAUCGAUGUUCCUUGGCGAAAGUGAAUCAAGAGUUGAAGAAAAUGAAUCGAGUAGUUUUCAAAAUGUGCUCAUCAGUGUUGGAAUCGGUACAGGUAAUCAAAACGAGAAUUGCUGAACUUGACCCAGUGGGAGAAUAUCAAGCAUUGAUUAAUAGUUAUUUUAUUUACGCCCGUGAUUACGGUAAGAAUUCGGUCAGAACGCUUGACCCGCAACGGAAAUCGACCAUUAUUAUGAAAAUGAUACAAUUAUCAAUUGAUUGGGUCAGUUUUAUUUGUGACGAUUGUAUUCCAACGGAUAGGAAAACUUUCAGAUGGUGUGUGUUGGCUUUAGAAUUUUCUAUGGAGAUGAUUCGUGGUAUCAAUAUAUUCUUAUUAACCGAGGAACAGUUUACAAAAUUAAAAGUCAAAGUUGCUCGUUGUAUGUCGUUAUUGAUUUCUCAUUUCGAUAUUAUGGGAGCUAGAUCAAGUGAGGCAGAAAAGAAUAAAUUAUUGAAAUGGACAGCACAACGUCAUAAUAUUGCUAGUUCCCAGAAUGACGAUGAGUAUUUGAACAAAGUUUAUCACGAGGAAGUCAUGGGACAGAUCAAUAAAAUUGAAGAACGGCGACGUAAUUUGCAAGAAGAAUUCCAAUCAAUUGGACGUGUAUUGGAUGUUAGUGAUCUGGAGUAUCAAUUUCUCACGUUAUUGGCAUCGUCAUUUUCAAGCGUUUCAAUCAGAUGGCAAAAGGGAGCAUGUAUUGGACGUGGUACUUUUGGUCAAGUGUUUUCAGCAGUCAACUUGGAUACUGGUGGGGUUAUGGCUGUCAAGGAAAUUACGUUCCAUGAUAGUCAAUCGGUUAAAACUAUUGUGCCCCUGAUUAAAGAAGAGAUGACAGUAUUAGAAAUGUUAAAUCACCCAAAUGUGGUACAAUACUUUGGUGUUGAAGUCCAUCGUGAUAAAGUUUACAUUUUCAUGGAAUUCUGUGAGGGUGGAUCACUUGCUGGAUUAUUGACUCAUGGUAGAAUUGAAGACGAGAUGGUUAUUCAAGUUUACGCUUUACAAAUGUUAGAAGGGUUGGCUUAUUUGCAUCAAUCAGGUGUUGUGCAUCGUGAUAUCAAACCUGAAAAUGUUUUGUUGGAUCACAAUGGAGUAAUCAAGUAUGUUGAUUUUGGUGCUGCUAAAGUUAUAGCUAGUAAUGGAAGAACCAUUGGUGGAAUGACUAAUUCUUCACUCCGUAAAUCGGUUAAACGUGAUGGCCAUAAUAAUUUGAAUUCAAUGACGGGUACACCGAUGUAUAUGUCACCAGAAGCCAUUACAGGGACGUCUACUGAUAGAAGUGGUGUUGUUGACAUUUGGUCUUUGGGAUGUUGUGUGUUAGAGAUGGCUACUGGAAGACGACCAUGGGCAAACUUGGAUAAUGAAUGGGCUAUCAUGUAUCAUAUAGCUGCUGGUCACAAACCACAAUUACCGUCACCUGAACAAUUGAGUGAACCAGGGAGAACCUUUUUAGCACGUUGUCUUGAACAUGAUCCUACCAAGAGACCAAGUGCUGUUGAAUUACUAGCUGAUCCAUGGAUGGUUGAAAUCAGACAUAUGGCAUUUGGAAAUUCCGAUGUUACAACUACACCAUUAUCAGAGGUUGCAGGUCCGGUUUCAGAAUAA